AUGGUCGUGGCUCGAAGCUGUUUGUUACAGAAGUACUUCAUUUCUGGUGUGGAAGCAUACAACAGUGAAGACUGGAAUCAGUGCGUCAACGACCUCGAGAUAUCGCUUGAGAAAACCAUGGAGGAAGACUCAAGAUGUCGACUCCUUUGCGAAGACAAAAUCGAUUGGAGUGCGAUCGUGGGAAAUCCCGAGCUAGACGUACUCAUGACAAGCAUGCAAGCGUCUGUUCUUCGAUGUCAGCACAAUUGCCUUUAUCGGUUGGCUCUGAUCAAUGGCUACAAUGUAGGAGAAUUGCCAGCAGCACAUUACGAAUACUUACACUACUGCUACUUCAAAAAUAUUCCACAACCAUCAUUCAUUGCAGUGAUGAGAGGGACCGAAGCAGCUCGAUCUGUAGCCAGUUACCUACUGUUCGACGAUAAUCCUUUGAUGCGACGAAAUAAGUACUACUAUCUCAAGCAGUAUGAAAAACCAGAGCUUUUCGUGCCUGAUAAGAAAACAAUCGAGAUCUAUAAGCAACGCACACUGGAAGCUCGUUACCUGAAGUUCAUCGACGAC